AUGUCCCUGGCUGCUUACUGUGUUAUCUGUUGCAGAAGAAUAGGAACUUCUACUUCCCCGGCAACAAGGGACACAUACUGGAGAGAGAUCAGUAAUAUAAUAAAGUUUACUGGAUCACUUAUUCUAGGAGGUUCUUUAUUUCUUACAUAUGAAAUUCUGGCCCUGAAGAAGUCUUUGACGUUAGAUACUCAAGUGGUAGAAAAAGAAAAAAUGAAGUCGUAUAUAUAUGUGAACACAGCUUCUUUAGAUAAAGGAGAAAAUCUUGGAAUCACCUACCUGGCAAGAAAAGAACUUCACAAAGCAGUAAGAAAAGUAUUAACAGCAUCAGCCAAGAUAUUACAGAGUCCAUUUGCUGACACUUUUACUACAGUUGAUGUAGAUGAUCACGAAUGUCCUGUUUGGCUGCUGUUGAGGAAGAGCAAGUCCGAGGAUCAGGCAGUGCGACUGCAGGCGGUGCCGGAGCUGUCCGAGAGCCACCACUGGCACGAUUACCAGUAUAGGAUAAUUGCUCAAGCCUCUGAUCGAAGAACUCUUAUUGGUUUGGCACGAAGCAAAGACAGUGAUCUUCGCUUUUUUCUCCAGCCACCUCCUUUGCCAUCUUUAAAGGAAGAUUCCUCCACUGAAGAAGAACUCAGGCAGUUGCUGGCUUCUUUACCUCAAACAGAGCUAGAUGAGUGUGUCCGGUAUUUUACGUCUUUGGCCCUAAGUGAAAGCAGUCAGAGUCUAGCUGCUCAGAAGGGUGGCUUGUGGUGUUUUGGAGGAAAUGGACUUCCUUAUGCUGAAAGUUUUGGAGAAGUUCCUUCAGCUACAGUAGAAAUGUUCUGUUUAGAAGCUUUACUAAAACAUUCUGAGAUAUCAACACAUUGUGAGCAAAUUGAAGCCAAUGGAGGCUUGCAACUACUUCAGAGGCUGUACCAACUUUAUAAGGACUGCCCUAAAAUACAGAGAAAUAUUAUGCACAUCAUCGGAAAUAUGGCUCUGAAUGACCAUCUUCACCCCACUAUUGUUUGCUCAGGUGGACACAGUUCAACGCAUAGCAGUGUGUGGACAAAUACAGGAUGCCAUGAUGACCAUCUAAUAAAAUGGUUUACUUAAUUUUUACCUUAAAAAUUUUUAAUGUGAUUUGGUGAACAAGAGGUACCGUCAGACUGAAAAGAAGUCUACUGUAUAAUUACUGUUUUUCCCCCUUGCAAAUAUCCUGCUGCUCAUGCACGGAUAAUUCUUGCCUGAUCCAGUCUUUACCAGGAUGGCUGAAAAAUGAUUUUACAACUGUGGCAUACCCUCUACAUUUAAUAUUCAGCAUCUGGCAUCCUACUGUAAACAAGAGCAUUUCCCUCUCCCUUGUUUAUGUAUGUAUACAUGUAUGUAUAUAUUUAUUAUUGAUAUAGACAUGACUUCCUAUUUUAAUGGUUUAUUAUUUAUUACUGUACUUAAUAAUUUUAUGCACAGAUUGUCUCAGAUUUAUCUAGUGGGAAACCUGUCAAGCUGGUUCCUGUGUUCUUGAGCUGUGCCCCCAUUUAAGGGAUAUUUCUUACUUUCUGGUAUACUAAGAUGUUCCAGACUCAUUUCUCUGAAGAACCCUGCUUCUUCUUAGUGGAGAAUGAUGUUAGAGACCAAAUCUGGGUGCUAGCUCUGCUUAUUGCUCCUGGGACAUUUUUACUUCUUGGCUCUUUCACUAGAAAGUGCUAGGUAAUAUAUCUUCAUAUAUACAUAUGCAAAUAUACAAAUAAAUAUACAUGCAUUUGCUCUUACUUAUACAUAUAUUGGAAACCAUGAACUUAAACAUUGUCCUUUGAUCAGCAAUUUUUAAUUUUAAUGUGGUCGAAUUCAGGGGUUGGCAAAAUUUUUCUAUAAAAGGCCGGAUAAUACAUAUUUUAGGCUUUGUAGGCCAAAUACAG